AUGACAUCUUUCGAGGAUAAAGUGAUUGCUAUCACCGGUGCAGCCUCCGGAAUGGGGUUAGCCACAGCGCAGCUCCUCGCAAAUCGCGGCGCAAGAAUCUCUCUUGCCGAUAUCAACGAAAAGGCCCUGGAGGAAGCUAUCAAGUUCCUCCCAAAUAGGGAGAAGCAUAUGUCCACAGUUAUCGAUGUGCGCAACAGCAAAUCAGUGGAUGGGUGGAUCCAGUCGACUGUCGACAGGUUAGGCAAGCUGGACGGUGCUGUAAAUAUGGCCGGGGUGAUCACGCCUGCUGCGCCAAUCACUGAGGAGACAGACGACAAUUGGGAUUUUACAUUUGCUGUGAAUACACGCGGUGUGUUCUUCUGCCUGAGGGCUCAGCUGAAAGCUAUGAAGGCCGGUGGUAGCAUCGUUUCUGCUGCAAGUGUGUUCGGACAAAUGGGUGCCCCCGGUGUCUCGGCCUAUUGCGCCAGCAAAGCAGCUGUUAUUGGGUUGACACAAACGGCAGCAAAAGAGAACCAGCAUAUUCGAGUCAACUGUGUUUCUCCCGGGUCCGUCAAUACGCCUCUCUCCGCCAGUGAGGAUCCUGAAGAUGUAAAGCGUGGCUUGCAAAAGACGGCACAAAAGCGACAGGCAGAACCAGGGGAAAUCGCAACUGUUAUCGCAUUCCUUCUUAGUGAAGAGGCGAGCUUUGUGACUGGAGCUGUGUACAAUGUAGAUGGAGGUUGGAUGUGCUGA